GUGUCAAAAUUCCUUGCCCUUUGUGUCAGUAAACCUUUUCUAAUUCCGUCUCGUCGACGGCGAACGAAAUGGCCGCCGGACUCCUCUCCAUUCCCCAAAUUCCCAUGCCCGCUUCCACGCCGUCCAACCGCCCUACACGGCUCUCCGUCUCCGUUUCCGUCUCCGUCCUCCCCAACGCCUUCUUCAUUUCCCCCAUGCGGCCGCCUUUUCCGCUGUCGUCCCUCCGUUCCUCCGCCCUUGUCUUUGCUCUACCUACUGCGAAACCUGAAAUGGCUGCUGCCGAGAAAAUGCCCAAUUGUGAAUGGUGCAGAUGGUCGCUGAGCGCCAUAAAAUCAUUCGCCUUGGCAGAAGUGGAAGCGAGAAGGCUCAAAUACCCUACAGCGGGAACGGAGGCCCUUCUUAUGGGUAUCUUGGUAGAGGGAACAAACGAUGCAUCAAGGUUUUUACAUGCAAAUGGCAUUACUCUUUUUAAAGUGCGAGAGGAAACUGUCAAGCUAUUAGGCAAAUCAGACCUUUUCUUUGUUAGCCCUGAGGAAAUUCCCUUGACUGAAUCAGCACAAAGAGCUCUUGAUAAGGCCAUCGAUGAAAAAUUGAAAUCAGUAGGUGAGGAAGGAGAGACAACCACGAUCCAUAUGCUUCUUGGUAUUUGGUCUGAGAAAGAAGAACCGGGUUAUAAGAUUUUGGCCUCUCUAGGCUUUAACGAUCAUAAGGCUAGUGAGCUGGCUAAGGUGGACAAUAGUGGCUCUGUUACAAAGACGUGAGCAGAUGGAUGUCAUGGAAUUUUUCAGAACUAGCCAAGUUCUUUGCCAUAUAUGAUAAUAUGGCCUUUUAGCAACAUACUGUCAGCUCAUAGACUUACAAGUUCUGUAUCUUCACUUAUCUCAGUGUUGUUGUAAUUGAUAACUCUCUAGUGACCCAUUCCAAGUUCUUCAUUCAUAGACUUUAUUUGAAUUGUGUAGUAAAGUUAUUCAAAAUAUCAUCCAAGUAUACAUUUCUUCGCAUGUUAAAUUUAUCAGUAGAUUUUUAAUA